AUGAGUCUUCCCGUCGUUGAUGUUUGGGCAAAUCCCACUGGUAUAUACAUCCCAGAAACUGCACGUCUCUUUGCUCAAAGCCAUGCAGAUCCUGAGCUGGGUAAUCGCAGGCACACACCCGCCGAAGUGAUUGCAAAGAUGGACGAGGCUGGCGUUUCUCAAAUUCUUCUAGCAGCCUGGAACCGACCUGGCUCAGUCAUAUUCUCCAACGAACAAGUCGCUGAAUACACACGCGCAUACCCAACCCGUAUCUUUGGACUCGUUUCCGUGGAUCUCCACGACCCAGUUGCGGCAGUCAAGGAACUGGAUCAUUACGUCCGAGUCGAAGGCUUCAAGGGCCUACGAGUUGUGCCCUGGCUGUGGAACUUGCCUCCGACGGAUGCUCACUACUGGCCACUUUACGUCAAGUGCAUAGAGCUCGAUGUUCCUUUUUGCACUCAGAUUGGACACACUGGGCCACUGUGCCCUAGUGAAGUCGGUCGCCCUAUUCCAUAUAUUGACGAAAUUGCCCUCAAGUUCCCGGCUCUUAAAAUAGUAGGAGGUCACUUGGGGUAUCCCUGGAUAGGGGAGGCGGUUUCUGUGGCUUGGAAACAUGAGAAUGUGUAUAUUGACACGAGUGCGUGGUCGCCAAAGUACUACCCACCAGAAUUCUUCACGUUUGCGAACACGACGGGUAGGAAGAAGGUCAUGUUUGGGACCAACUUUCCGCAGCUUGGUUGGAAAGCUUGCGUGGACGCGGUGAAGGAGCUGGGAACCGGAACGACUAAGGGACUGAGGGAGGAUGUUGUGCGUGAUUUCAUGGCUGGGAAUGCAAGGCGAGUGUUCAAGUUGCCAGAACCUACUUUUGAAGGGGCCGCCUCAAGGUUGUAA